AUGACGAGCCUUGUCUCAGUGCAAGAUGUGUCACCCACCACCAUCACCGCCGUUGCUGUCACGACAGCGAUGGCGGCAGUCACAUCGCACUCGCCAGCUCCUCUCACUGUGAUUCUAUACGAUGGGAUCCGGGGUGCCGCUGACUUCUUCCCGUUCGAUGAUCUAGCGCAGCUCAACACGGGGUCUAGCGACGGCUCCGCGUCCAAUGACCUCUUUUCUCUCCGGGACCUUAUAGAGGAUGGUAUCGACGGUAGCCAGGAUAUCAUGCUGUUCAGUGCAGGUUGCGAAUUAGAUGACGGGGUCCGGAACUGCCCAAUCGCAUGUAAUGACACAACCCAUUUCUUUGGGUCGCUCGAGACCUUUUACAACUGUGCUGCGCUCGCUUCUAUUUCGUAUUGGGCAAGAAACACUAGCUUCUACUACAUCAACGACGAGGCAGAGAGCAAUGCAAGCGCGAUCAUGGGUGCGGGAAGCCUCGCUACGUUUGAUGAUCGCUCGGUUCUCGAUUUGUUCAUUGGCUGUGCCCAAGAGUCGUGCGACAGAGACGGACUGUCUGUGCCCUGUGACAGGGCAAUCAGAAGCCUCUCCAAGGACAAGUCGAGCUCCCCAGAGAUAUUUGCUGCCAUGGCAAAUUUCUGCCCAUCUAUUGAAGCUGAGAUAAACCCUGAUAUCUUCGGGCCUGGCGUUCUCAUUUCAUAUCUUCUUCAGGCUUCUUUCUCAAUUGCCCUCUAUCUUGCUGUCAAACUGUUCACCUUUUACAUACAGUUUUCCGAGAAACCGCGCAAGCGGAAGCCCUUCACUCUGACCCGUAUCAAGACAAUGAUCUGGCCUGACAAUUCUGCCAUGUCACGGACCAGCGUGGCUAUUGCUUCUACUCUGGUCGAAUUCCAGGAAGCGCAGUGUUGGUUUGUGUUCGCCGUUCAGAUCGCAUCCAUUCUCCAGAUUGUGGUCAACUCCCAAGAGGGCACGUUCUGGGGCGAGAUCAUCCUCAAUGCUGCUGUUGCUUACCACAUUUCGCUCAACGGCAUGCUGCCGAUGUUUCUCAUCCAAAUAUGUCUUCACAACGAAGGGAUCCGCAACUGGCAUACCUUUCUUGGGUUUUGCGCCGAGUACGUCCUUGCUAUUGUCGCUGCUACACAAAAGGUUCGUUUCCGUGCCGCCUUCGAGCUGUUCAAGAGUCAGAGCAACAUUGAGUCUUGCGGAGGCAACCCGAGCCCACGGUCCUAUUGCGCUGCCAUAGGCACCAUUGAUGGGCUUCAGCUUAGUUUCUUCCCUCAUCCCUUGGUCUACAAGAUGGUCUUCCUUGUCCUUGACUCGAUCGCCAUGAUUGUCCUCAUUCUGGACCAGCUGAUGUGGACCUUGCGGAAGCACCGCCGAACCAAGCAUAUUCAAAUUGGUAGAUAUCGUGCGGGUAGAGGGCCGUCCGGAAAGCUCAAGAAGCCCUGGCAAAAGUUCACACUCUGGUUUUGGCGGACUUUGGAGGUUGUGUAUCUCAUUAUCAACGUCUUGUACAUGAUCUCUCUCACGAGGGUGAUUAACGAUGAGAGCUUCGUGGCGACCCGCUGGUCAUAUGGGCAGAUCAUUGCUAUGACUGUCUGGGGCCCUGUUAUUGUAAAACUCUUUGAUCUGAUACUUUCUGGCCCUCAACGCAACGGCAUAAGCCUGAACUCCGGUCCUCCUCGACUGAGGAUAGACAACAUCAUCAACCUGCGAAUCUCCAUGGAUGACAAUUUCACCGAUGAUGAAAGAAGUGAUGGCGAGCAGAGGUCGCAGUACGCCUCGUCUCUUCCACCGUUGCGAGGAGAACCGGAACAGGAGGAGUCGAAGCCGGAACAAAGUACCAAGGAAGAUUCUAUGGCAACACAAAUCCCUCGAGAGCGAGUUAUUCGAUUUGAAGGAGACACGCCGACAACUGGAGAUGAAGAAGAGGGGAUAAAACAACGGAAAAGAGAGGGAAAAAGAGGAGAAACGGGAGAAGGGGAAGGGAAGCAGUAA